AUGGCACCAUUUUCCAGCCGCCGCAAGUUUGUCGUUGAUUUAGAAGACGAAGAGCUCCCCGACGUCGAAUGGGAGUCGGAAUUCCAUCCAGCAGACGUCACCCGCCCACAAGCCAAAGCCGUCGUCGAUUCCGCGCCAUUCCUCAACUCUGUAACCGCGGUCGACUUGCCUCAUAGCCCCUUCGCAAAAUACCUGACUUCAUACGUUGAUUUCGUUAAUGCGGUAUUUAGCCACGAAAUCUCCCAGGCGUGUUCCAAGGGUAUGCCAUCAACCAAACUCGGAGACGGCUAUCAAGGAGACUGCACUACCCUAAUGACCAUGGAUACACGCCUCUUGCACAGCAUCAUAAAAGGUGACCUGGCCCGACAGUAUCGUCAAAAUGCAACCAUCAAGCUCAUUCUCGACAACCUCUGGACCAAUGGCCAAUCGGCAAUCCCAAUCCUGCAUCUAUUCUACAUGAACACGCUGAGUUCAAUUCGUCUCCAGAGGUACUGCAGCCAAAACUCUUACAACUUCCAUUCAAUCGCGUAUCAAAUCGACACAGCCUUCCCGAGCAUUGAAUGGGACCGGUCGUGGAGCAACCAUGGCCGCCGACAGUACAUGGAGAACUUCCAGGCCAGACGCGUUUCAAUCCGGGCAAAGGAAGUCAAGUUAUUCUGCAACAAGCUAGAUCUCCAUAUCAAAAAUGAGUCGUGUGAAGACCAUCCGCUGCGAGAGAUCGGCUACCCCGAAGACGCUGAUGGCUGA